AUGUCGUUCUUCAAGCGGCACCCAACCCUCGAGGAUGACGGGGCAGAUGCAGACAAUGUCGAUCCGAACCUACGACUACGCACGACGCUGACGGCACAUUCGACUCUUGCGGAGAGCAUACGAAGCGAACUGCGCCAGCAACGGAGGAAAAAGUCGCUUGCAAAAGCACGGCCCAAGUUUACGUUUAAGCGGCCUGGGACGGCUGGAAGCCAGAAGGCACAGCGAGAAGAUGUGGACGAGCACGGACUCGAACGCACGCCCUCUGAACAGCCCCAGCCUCAACAGCAGCAGCAACCAGCCCAGUCACCAGCAAAGCAACCGCCAGGAGAGCGCCGCACAAUAUAUGUUAAUCAGCCGUUGCCUCAGACCGAAACUCGGUCGAAUGGAGAUCCUCUUCGACGAUAUGUGCGCAAUAAAGUGCGGACAAGCAAAUACACGGUUUUGACGUUUAUACCCAAGAACCUGUACGAACAAUUCAGACGCGUUGCAAACUUGUAUUUCCUUGCCCUUGUUGUUCUCCAAGUCUUUCCCAUAUUCGGUGCGGCGGCCCCCGAGAUUGCGAUGGUACCGCUUGUCGUGAUUCUCUCGAUAACAGCCGCAAAGGACGGAAUCGAAGACUAUCGCCGAGCCUCCCUCGACGACGAAGUCAACAAUUCGGCAGCGACCAAACUCUCCUCAACCUCGUGGCGAAACCCAAACCAACCCCUAGAUCCCCGUAGCUGGCUCGAACGACUCCUCGGUCUCGGCACCGCACCCGGCAAAGUCACGCGUGGCAUCAAACGAUUGCGAGCACGCGAACGCGAAGUUGUUGGCAUAAGCAGGACAACGUUGGAUAGUAGCAUUGACCAGAGCGAGCGCGGUGGCCGCAGUUUAGAUGAUAUUCAGAGCGUUACCACCGCCGAAUCUGCGGUCGGGUCAGGAAAGGCAGAACAUUCGUACCCGCCCAUGCCGAGUCUAAUGGCGCUCACCGCCGGAGGAAGCGGGAGCGAUACAUACGCCUCACGUUCAGCCCCCACGUUUUCCACCGUCCACCCCUCCCAUGAUCCGGGCCCGAUUCCCACAUGGGAGCGCACCCUAUGGAAAAAACUCGAAGUCGGAGACAUUGUGCUACUCAGAGAUAACGAUCAGGUUCCAGCCGACACUAUUGUUCUGGCCACUUCAGAUGCCGACGGUUUGGCGUACGUAGAGACAAAGAAUCUCGAUGGAGAGACCAACUUGAAACUCCGGAAAGCACUCAAGUCUACGCGGUGGAUCAGUGGUGAAGAGGACCUUGCACCUGGCCGGUGUCAAUUCGUUAUUGAUUCCGAACCGCCUCAUGCCGGGUUGUACGUCUACAAUGGUGUUCUCAGGUACCGCACACGUUCCUCUUCCGACGGUCCUAUUGAGGAGAAGGUCGAGCCGGUCACAAUCAACGAGGUCCUACUUCGUGGGUGUACGCUCAGGAAUACGAAUUGGGUCAUUGGCUUGGUCUUGUUCACGGGUGCUGAUACGAAAAUCAUGCUCAACGGCGGUGCGACACCUUCCAAACGAUCAAAAAUCGAGAAACAAACCAAUUUCAACGUCGUGAUGAACUUUAUCGUCUUGCUCGCCAUGUCUAUUGUUUCGGCCGUCGCAUCCGGAAUUUACUCUUCUCAAACGGACACCUCGGGAUGGGUCUACGAGUUGAGUUGGGGUAGCGGGGCAGGGAGCGCCGCGCUGAAUGGGCUAGUAACGUUUGGGUCCUGCUUGAUCGCAUUCCAGAACAUCGUCCCGAUCUCGCUGUACAUUUCCAUCGAGAUUGUCAAGACUAUCCAGGCGUUCUUUAUUGCGCAGGAUAAGGACAUGUAUUAUGCGCCAUUGGAUACAGCGUGUGUUCCUAAGACGUGGAAUAUCUCAGAUGACUUGGGGCAGAUUGCAUACAUCUUUUCAGACAAGACCGGUACGCUUACGCAAAAUGUAAUGGAAUUUAUGCGGUGUUCGAUUGCGGGUGUACGAUAUGGAGAAGGUAUAACUGAAGCAAUGAAAGGAGCCGCUAAACGGCGCUCAUCCGACACUCCGGCUCUCUCGGACGAAGAACAGGACGAACGACUCAAAUCGCUCAAAGUCGAAAUGAUUGCUGUCCUUGAACGCGCAUUCAAAAACCGAUGGUUCAGACGGGACAAACUCACCAUGAUUUCACCCCAGAUGGCCAAGGACCUUACUUCGCCCAACACACCCCAACGGCAAUCAAUCAUCGAAUUUUUCCGCGCGCUGGCUGUCUGCCACACUGUGCUCCCCGAUUUGCCCGAUGAUAGCGAACGAAUGGGAGGGGAGAUGCGGUUGGAUUAUAAAGCUGAGAGUCCGGACGAGGCUGCGCUCGUAGCGGGUGCCAGAGAUGCUGGGUUUCCGUUUUUGGCGAGGAGCAGCACGGCGGUGGAUAUUGAAGUUAUGGGUCAGGCGGAGCGGUAUGUACCGUUGAAGGUUUUGGAGUUUAACUCAACCAGGAAGAGAAUGUCUGUCAUCGUUCGGGACCCACAAGGUCGUCUCGUAUUGUACUGCAAAGGCGCCGAUAGUGUUAUAUACGAGCGCCUAGCUGGUGGACAAGAUGUACUCAGAGAACGUACGCGCGAAGACAUGGAGGCGUUCGCCAACGGUGGACUAAGAACUUUAUGUAUUGCCUACCGGUUUUUAACUGAAGAAGAAUACCUUACUUGGUCCGUAAAGUACGAUGCUGCUGCCGCCGCAACCACCGACCGUGACGAAGCAAUCGACAAGGCCAACGAACUCAUCGAACAUGAUUUGUUGAUUUUAGGCGCAACAGCUUUAGAAGACAAACUUCAGGAAGGUGUACCCGAUGCGAUUGAACAGUUGCACCGUGACAAACUUCAAACGGCGAUCGAAAUCGGCUAUUCAUGCAACUUGCUCAAGCAGGAUAUGGAGGUUAUGAUUAUCAGUGCUACGACAGCCGACGGAGCACGUACCCAGAUUGAAGCUGGCCUGAACAAGAUUGCUAGUGUGAUUGGACCCCCGAACGUGAAUAGGCGAUUUAGCAUUGGUGCUAACAACUCGAGCCGACAAGCUGGGUCUACUGGGUUUGCUGUUGUUAUCGACGGCGAUACCUUGCGUUUUGCGCUAGACGAUUCGCUCAAGCCCUUGUUCUUGAAUCUGGGAACUCAGUGCGACACGGUGGUUUGCUGUCGUGUAUCUCCGGCUCAAAAGGCACAAACCGUGAAAUUGGUCAAGGAUGGGAAGAAUGCUAUGACCUUGUCGAUUGGCGAUGGUGCUAAUGACGUCGCUAUGAUCCAAGAGGCCAAUAUCGGAUGUGGCUUGAUGGGUCUCGAAGGGUCGCAAGCAGCCAUGUCUGCCGACUAUGCGUUUGGACAGUUCCGGUUCCUUACCAAGCUUCUACUCGUUCACGGACGUUGGUCGUAUCAGCGCGUGGCCGAUAUGCAUAGCAACUUUUUCUAUAAAAACGUAAUUUGGACUUUUGCGAUGUUCUGGUUCUGUUUCUGGAACAGCUUCGAUGCGACAUAUUUAUACCAGUACACGUUCAUUUUGUUGUACAAUACUGUGUUUACCUCAUUGCCUGUCAUCGUUCUUGGAGCAUUCGACCAAGACAUCAAUGCCAAGGCUUCGCUUGCAUUUCCUCAGCUCUACAGACGCGGUAUCCUCGGUCUUGAAUAUACCCAAACCAAGUUCUGGGCAUACAUGUUCGACGGUCUGUAUCAAUCCGCGGUCGUGUACUUUAUUCCCUAUUUUGUGUGGACCAACCCUCCUACCUUAUCAUGGACGGGCAAGGGCAUCGACUCACUCGCUGAUUUCGGUACCACGGUCUCGGUAGCGGCUAUUGUUUCUGCAAAUUUGUAUGUCGGCAUCAAUACGCGAUAUUGGACCGUUCUCACCUGGUUCGUCACCAUCGGUUCAUCGGCGGUGUUGAUCAUCUGGAUUGCUGUGUACUCGCAAUUCAUGAGCACCGACUUUGUGGACGAAUUCGAAAUUCUCUUUGGUUCGAUGAAUUUCUGGGGUUGUGUCCUCCUGACGGUUUGUGUAGCUAUCACGCCCCGGUACCUCGUCAAGGCUUUCACGCAAGCAUACAUGCCCUUGGACAAGGACAUCAUCCGCGAAGCUUGGGUCGCCGGUGAUCUCAAAGAUCAACUGGGUAUUAAGCACCGGAAAAAGCGACGUGGAUCCGACUAUGAAAACUCAGCGCUCUAUAAUAAUUCCCAGUCUCUUUCAGAGGACGGUUACCGAGCUGCGAGCAUGUCGCACGGAGAGUUUGACUUUGCGCCCACCCCAGGUCAAGGACCCAGCCCUCUCUCGCCUGAGCGAAGUACUCCUCCGUUGAUUAUAACCACCCCAGCGGCAGAUGAAGGCGAUGCUAAGACCCCGCGUGCGCAAACCUUUGAUCGGUCCCCAGGUUCCCCGGGAGAGCUUUCAUAUCGCUCAGCGUCCGAUAGCCAUUCUCCCUCGUCUUCGACGUACCUAGCUUCCCAGCGAUCACCCGUGAUGAGAAGUAUUGAUCAAACGCAGCUUACCGUGGGUACCGGGGGCGAGUACGAAAUGGGACAAUUGCCUCACUCAGGGGGCCAUUACCAUGAUGCCAGUGUCCAUUCUCGAGCGAGCGAUCGGACGUUCAUGACGGCGCGAACUGAACCCUCAUGGGGCGACGAUGGCUCGCCGCGAGCUGUAUAG